CCCAGAAAAGAGAGAAAAUUAGGAGCAUCCAUUCUGCCGCAAGAAACGUUGUGAAUGAGUCUUUCAUGUGUGGCACUGAUGCCAACAAGAAGACUCUUAAUAGGCAAAUAAAGCUAGCACUUAUUUUCUUUUCUAACAUCAUCGAUCCAUCACAGUACAUGGGUCGAUCAUAUCUGUUUGUUGAAGCAAGACCACAUUCCUGCCCAGCUAAAAACAUGUUUUGCUAGUGACAGUAUAACCUAGCUGAUGCAAAUAACCUAUUAUCUAAAAGCAUUUAUUAACAAAACUUUGAAUAUUAAGUGCAUGGAUUAUAACGGAUUAAUCCAGCAUACGAGUAAGAUGGACCUAAUUUUUGUUAUCUUUGCAGAAAAUCCAUUCAAAUACAAACUAGUUUUCCUCUCAGAGACAAGCUGAACACUUCUGUUCUACUGAAGAGAUAAUAAUCCUUCCAGUGACCAGUGUGGUCAAUAUUCGAUGCCGAUUGAGCCUUCCUUUGAUGAUCUGUACACCAUUACAGCGCCUGGACAGCGGCAAGAUGGCUCUUCUUUCUCUUCUCAGCAGCAACUCACACUGUAUGACCACAGACUCUGUGAUCCCCAGUUGUUCCACAAACCAACCAAUGAAUCAAACAUGCAAUUUUCCGGUGUAGUCACCAUUCCUGGAAUGCACAAUGUGAGUACCAACCUCGGACAAAACCACCUGCAGAUUACCACAGGGGUUAGUCCAGACUACCAAAGGAUCAGAUCAAACAAUGCUCUUCACCACAUAAGCCAGAUCCUGAUGGAGGAUGUGGAUGAGAGGGUCGGCUCACAUGAAGGUGGGGCCGCCCUUCAGGAUGCCGAGAAGGCCUUCUACGAUAUUCUUCAGCAGGUAUACCCACCUUCACUCGACUGGUCACCGCUACAUAACAGCAGCGAAGCAGGAGGACCAAAUGAGGGUAGCAGCAAUUAUCACAAAAGGCCUCGCAGAAGCAGUUUCACUAAUGACAUUUCCAGUCACAGCAUGUUGCAGUCCUUGCCAGCCCCAUUGAGUCCAUAUGGCUAUGGCAGGAGCCUUUUACUUCCAUAUCAGUCUCUGGCAAACACUGGGAGGGCCUCAAGAUUUGGUUCCCCUGCCUUGCAAACUAGAAGAGAAGCUGAGGAUGCAAAGUGGUUCGAUAAGAUGGUGAUCAAUUUGGAUGACGACAAGCUUUUCAUUUCCAUACUGACCACUGCUAAAGCAAAAAGAAUAGUCGGGAAGAGCAAAUAUGCAAUCUUUCAGAUCACAGGCCACAGGAACAAUCCAUAUAUCCAGGACUUGGAUACCAGGGAAGGGAGAAGUAAAAAGCAUACCAUCAGCUGCGAAAUAAGCCGCAACGAGAAGUUGGACACCGUUCUGCUAUGCUAUGGUCUGGACUGUUUCAUUGAAACAGCAAGGCUGAGAGACAUGGCUGUAAAGGAAGUAAGUAAGGAUGCACCGAAGGGUCAAAGCAAAGCAAAUGCUCAACAGAAGUCUCAGGGUGGUACUAGGCAGCUCAAGAAAGAGGUGGUCGAUCUCAGGACCCUCCUCAUCCACUGUGCACAGGCUGUGGCAGCUGAUGACCGUCUGUUGGCCAGUGAGCUCAUCAAGAAGAUAAGACAGCACUCCUCAAGAGAUGGAGAGUGGUGCCAGAGACAGGCAUUUUACUUUGUGAAUGGCCUUGAGGCACGCCUGACUGGCACAGGGAGCCAGUUGUUCCACAAGAUGCUGGCGAAGCGAGUAAGCGAAGACGUCGUGUUGAAGAUCUACAACUUUUAUCUUGCAGUCUGCCCUUUCCACAGGGCAUCAUACACCUUUGCUAACCAAACUAUUAUGGAAACCUCGGUGGGGCAAUCCAGGGUGCACAUCGUUGAUUUUGGUGUCUGCUAUGGUUUUCAAUGGCCAUCGCUGAUCCAGCUUUUCGGUGAGCAAGGAGUGACUCCAAGGCUUCGGAUUACAGGUAUAGAAGUGCCUCGGCCAGGUUUCAGCCCCUUGGAGAACAUCGAGCGGGCAGGGAAACUGUUGGCUGACUAUGCAAACAUGUACAAGGUGCCCUUUCAGUAUCAGGGCAUUUACUCACGGUACGAAGAUAUUCAGAUCGAAGAUCUCAACAUCGAGGAGGAUGAAGUGCUUAUAAUCAACUGCAUGUACCGGAUGAAGAACCUCGGCGAUGAGACAGUAGCCAUGGAUAGCGCAAGGGAUAGGGUACUGAAGAUAAUGAGGAGGAUGAACCCGAAGGUGUCUAUUUUCGGCAUUCUGAAUGGAUCAUACAGUUCCCCCUUCUUCGUGACACGUUUCAAAGAGCUUCUGUUCCAUUACUCCUCGCUGUUCGACAUGCUUAAUACCAAUGUUUCACGGGAUAAUGAAGCGAGAAAGCUGUUAGAGGGUGGGCUCCUUGGGCGGGACAUCUUAAACAUAAUAGCAUGUGAGGGUGCUGACAGGACUGAGAGGCCAGAAACUUACCAGCAGUGGCAAGCAAGGUGCCUCAAGGCUGGGUUCGAGCAGCUUCCUCUCGAUCCUGCCAUCAUGAAGUCAGUAUUAUGGAUGAAGAAAGAAAUUUACCAUGAGGACUUUGUUGCUGAUGAAGACAACGGCUGGCUGCUACAAGGGUGGAAAGGGAGAGUACUGUAUGCACUGUCCAAAUGGAAGGUUAAUUAAUCAUAUAUAUGCUGAUCGGUAAUACUCAAACAAUUGGUGGUAUGCACCAUGUGCACCUUGGCUCUCUCCAACAGAGCCUGUAAAGGCUCCUUUACCUUAAAUAUAGAGGAUCGAACGGUCCUCUACCCCCUUCAA